AUGGCAGCGGAUAAAGCCGAGAUCGAUAAACUGAAAAAGGAGUGCGACAGCCUCCGCAAUCAGAUCGAGACGGCGCGUAAAGGGGUGAACGAUGGAGACAUGGCCGGAGCAGCUUCAGGCGUCGACCCUGUGGGACGAGUUCAGCUGAAAAACAGGAAAACCCUCAAAGGUCACCUUGCCAAAAUCUAUGCCAUGCACUGGGGCACCGACUCCAGACAAAUGGUCAGUGCGUCACAGGACGGAAAGCUGCUCAUCUGGGACACCCACACAGGAAACAAGCUGGUGGCGGUACCCCUGAAGUCAGCCUGGGUGAUGAGCGUAGCGUUCGCGCCGUCUGGUAACCUGGUGGCGAGCGGCGGUCUGGACAAUAUGUGCACGGUUUAUAACGUCAAAGCAGCCAGCCCCAAGACACUGAGGGAGCUGGACGCACACACAGGUUAUCUGUCCUGCUGCAGAUUCCUCAGCGACACCGAGAUCCUCACAGCGUCUGGAGACACCACCUGCUGCCUGUGGGAUUUGGAGACCGGUAAGCAGAAGGUGAUCUUCACAAACCACAUCGGGGACUGCAUGUCUCUGGCUCUGUCUCCGGACCAGAACUGCUUCAUCUCCGGAGCGUGCGACUCUUUGGCCAAACUGUGGGACAUCAGGGAGGGAGCGUGCAAGCAGACGUUCAGCGGACACACCAGUGACAUCAACGCCAUCUCUUUCUUCCCAAGUGGAAACGUGGUGAUCACCGGCUCUGACGACACCACCUGUAAGAUGUACGACCUGCGCUCAGACCAGGAGGUUCUGGGGUACCAGGACACUGGACUCAACGCUGGGGUCACCUCCGUGGCUCUGUCCAGCUCCGGCAGGCUCAUCUUCGCCGGAUACGACGACUUCAACUGCCACAUCUGGGACGCACUCAAGGGAGAGAGAGUCGGCGUCUUGUCCGGCCACGACAACCGCGUGAGCUGCACCGGGGUCCCAGAGGACGGCUUGGGCGUGUGCACCGGCUCCUGGGACAGCUUCCUCAAACUGUGGAACUAAACCACCAAGAGCCAACGUUAGCACCAAAAUCUGGAGAAAUAUCACCAA